GAACAUAGGAAAGAGGAAGUUUCUGGUCGUGUUUCAACCGAACGAAAUUACCAAACGGACCGCAGCUCACGUUGAGGGUCAAAUGUUUUGAGGAUGUGCUCGUAGUGUCGUUAAAAUGUCAAGUUUCUCCAGAUCUGCUCAGCAAUGGGCGACCUUCGCUCGUUCCUGGUUCAUAAUAGAUGCCAGGAUGCAGCCGCCUGGCAAGAUCGCGACUAUGUGCUCUGUUAGAUUACAGGGGAAGCACAAGCCUAUCUAUCAUGCACUGAGUGACUGCGGGGACCAUGUGGUAGUAAUAAACACCAAACACAUAGCUUUCUCUGGGAACAAAUGGGAGCAGAAGGUCUACUCAUCACACACGGGGUAUCCAGGUGGAUUCAAACAAGUCACAGCAGCUCAGCUCCACCAAAAGGACCCAAAAGCUAUUGUGAAAAUAGCGGUUUACGGCAUGCUGCCUAAGAAUCUGCACAGACGCACCAUGAUGCAGCGAUUACACAUAUUUCCUGAAGAUGAGCUGCCAGAUGACAUCCGAGCCAACCUGACAGAGGAGCUGCCUCAGCCCAGAGAAAUCCCCAAGAAACUCAGCGAUUACACCCAGGAGGAGAUAGACGCCUUCCCCAGGCUGUGGACGCCACCUGAAGACUACAGGAUGAAAUGAAACCAGGGCAGCCCAGCGUUACCAAAGUAGAAAGGUUUUUGUAUAUUAAUGCAACACUGAAAGCUACACUAUCCUCUGUCAUAGAUGCAAUUAGGGGUCGACUGAUUAUUAGCAGUCAAGGAGAUUGAUCAGAGACAUUUGAAACAGAUACACAGUUGAUAUAACAAAACUCCUUUGAAAUGCUGUUAUGUUUUACAUCGGUUUAAUUAAAACAACUUUACUGACAGUUAUCUGCCAGUAUUAAAAGGACAAAGUGGUGACUACAGACAGAGAAAGGCUGCAUUAAAGUCAAAGUAGCACUUUUUAAAUUAAUAUAUCCGAUCAGGAUUCACUUAAAAAGAAAGGAUACUGUUGAUCGUAAAAAAAAUGCUGAAUAUCAGAUUCGACCAGGCUAAUAGUCAGUCCACCCCUAGUUGUAAGCAGAAUUUAAAUACACAAAAACUGAUUUUCUCUGCUCAAGUGGAACAUAAAAUCCAAAAUCAGACUUUGUGCUUUUGUGUAACUUCAGCUGACAGUGUGUGUUUCUCCUCCAAAAUGUCCAUCAAGGCUCAACUGUUUACCAAAACACUGUCUCGACACAAACUCCAUCCUCCUCUUUCUGUCGGUUGUAUUCGACCACAGCAAACUUAAAUUACCCAAGAACAGCUUGAGAUUUCACCACGUGGCUUCUGCUCUAAUCGGAGAAAAAUCAGAUUCUGUGGCUUUUUUUCUCAGAUUAUACAACCAUGAAAUGAUCAGAUUUGGCUCAUAAAAAUGACAUCUGCUGGAGCCGAUUCUCCCUUUGAAGGGUUGCGGGUUCACAGUGAAAACAAUUAAUGUGUUGCUAUGACAACAGUUUGGGUCAUCAGUCUGCUUUUGUCUAGAAAACAUUAACUUUGGUCAGGACUUUCCUUCUUGUCUUUGUGUUUCCAUGUCGAUGAAUAAAUCAGUUGAGUGUAUUGUGAAAUAGGCUAAUAAACAAUUUAAUGAA